AUGGGUUUGCGGACCGGCGGCGGCGGGCUGCCAAGUCCUGUUAGCAGUCCCAGCGCCCGUAGAGGAGGUCCGAGCGGGGCUGCAAGCGGUGCAUUUUCAGCUAUUGCCGGGCCUUCGACCAGUGUGAACAACUCAUUUAGCUCCAUCUCCGACGCUGCCUGUUCGAAUUCGGACCUGGCCAAUCGUCUUGUGCAAAUCUUCAAAAGGUCCUUGUUGCCUGGAACGGGUAUUCAUGGUCUCACUUCGCUCCUCUUUGCCCUGUCAUUUGAAGAGGCUACGAUGCUCUUUGCGCUUGUUCUGCUCGAAGCUCUGGAUUGGUUACCUCGAUCUACCCUCGUGGGCAAUUGGAAGUGGAGCCUCAUAGCCAUCCUUGCCCUCUCCAUCGUCAUUGUUCGUGAGUCGUCGCCAGCGAUGCCCGCAGACACAAGCGACUUGCAGGCUGACCGACAUACGCGUAGCGCUGGGUAUAUGCCUCCUGCUUACAUUCAGAGUGGAAGGUGGGUGCUCGAUCUCUACCCAAUGAGCGCGCAUGUACUCACCACUUUGCGACCUUCCUCUUGCGCUAGGCUCCUCAUCACAGACUCGUAGAGGUCUGUUCGCCUUUCUUCCAUUCUUGGGAUGGAUUUUGCUCUUUCUUCGCGUACCAUUGCCCUCUGCUCUCUCUGGAUCAUCCUCGGCUGGUCUGCUUGAUGCUGCACUGGCAAGGACGGCCGUGCUGGGUGUCAGUCUGAUCGCUCUGCUAUCCGGCUCCGCGGCCGCUUCGAGCGCCAUGGACAGCUGGGACGCUUGGUUCUCCAAGCGCAGACCGUGAGCAUAGCCCGCUUGGAAGGCUUGGUGCGCUCUGUGAAUGACAGCUCACUCGAUUCGUAUCUCCUCAGACGACCACCCACAGCGCAGGAUGUCAAGACAGCGCAGGACUCUUUUGAUCGUGCCAGAUCUGACUUGCAGACCAGAAAGGAUACGCUGGAGAGUCUGAACAACAGGCCUGCUUCGGAGGAACGGAGCUCAGGCUUCUUUGACAGGUUGUGGGGCGGUAGCGGAAGAGAUCGAGGUCAGUCUCUGCUCGAUGUCGGAUUCACCUUGCGUUACAAAGUUCACUGCACGCAUCGUCAAGAGCUGAUCAAAAUUUCCCUCCUGUCGUACACGUGCAGAGGCUUCAUCGUUGCGAGCUGAAAUUUCGGGAUUGGAAAUGCUGGCCAGAGCGAUGAGGGAUGAUUUGGAUAGAAUCACGAGGUUGAAGAGGGAGGCAGAGUGGUCCAAGACUUUGUGGGGAAGAGUGCUGCUUGGCGUGGGCCACAUCUUUAGUGUGUACUGCGUCUGGCGAGUAGGCUUGGUGAGUGCUUCAGAUCACCCUUGCAUACUUGAUCUCUGUUUUUUUGCGUCGGUAGCUGCUGUGCUCAAGCGCAAGCCAUCCCCGCUCGUUUGUGUCCAGGCGCUCCUGUCGCUUUUACUACUCGGCUAUAGAGAUGCUGCACCACCCGACUUCGUUUCGGUAGGUCUGGCCCACCUGGUUCGCUUCUUGGGACCUGGAGCUUCAGAGUCGAUAGACUUGGCAAUGUGGACCAGACAGAUCAGCCUGUUGUUCGUUGGAGCGCUCAUCAUCGUCAGGAUGCGAAGCGUCUUGUCUGGACUUGGCGCUGUGAGUCCGUACCGGGGGCGAGGGCUUCUUCUCUCUGAGGUUCUCGUCGUUGACGAGGCUCUCCUCCAUCUCUCUUGCCCUGAUACGCAGUUUUUCAGAGCGGCAAGCACAGGCGUCAGCACUGGAUUCCUCAUUCUCUUCUUGGCAGAAGUGAUGGUGAGGUUUGCACAGGCUAUGGUGCCCUUUCCGACAAGGAGAGGCGCUAACGAUUUGUGUCAUUCUUGCCAUCGCGCGACGACCAGACGAUCUACCUCUUGGCAACCUUGAUUCAGCUACGCACUGCUCUGCCUCCUUCAUUCUCGGGAGCCACAUCGGACCAAGCAAGUCAGACUCAACACCUGCAGCAUCCUCCGCUCCUAUCGACUCUACCAAGUUUCGCCAUCGUCUUUGGUGCCCUGUUCGACGGCGUGAGUGUUCAAAUGCGCAGCUGAGCUCAGCGCAGACAUGCUGCUGGCCUAUCCAGAAGUGCGAAUUCGAUGCGAAACUUUGACGACUUUCGCUGCCCCUUUACGCCACUCUUUGUAUAUCCAGGGCUUUUUGAUCGCUGCUCUCGUCACCGGACUUUACAGGUGGUUGACUAGAGAUACGGAACCGACACUGUUUGGAGCUGGUGGAAGCGCAGGCGCAGGUGGCUUACCGAGAUGA